CUUCGGCGACUCAACCCUGAAUACCUGCCCCUCCUGAGAGGGGACCAGCGUUCUUCCGUCUAGGUGACGGCCAGCCUUCUCCCUACAUAAAGAAAUACCAACCACACCUUUGAAUGCCCUCUUGCUCUUAGUAUUUUCUGGAUUCCGUCCCAGCAGAUCUGUUUUCUGCUCUGUAGCUUCCUGGAGUAACAGUGAGCAUCAUUAGGGGAACUCAGCUGCCCUUGGACUGUAUAUCAAAGCGAAGGCUUUGGAGAUCUUUUCAGUUAAAACAAUAAUGACUUUCUUGAAAUGUAAUCCCAGUGGAGCUUGUUUUCUGUGUUGCCUGGAAGAAUCCUUACCUACCAUCAGCAGAUCUUCAGAGACCUUCUAAAAACUUCUGUUCAUCAAGCAACUGAGUGACUCUUGAGUUAUUCACGGGGACCUUAAGAACUGUGGGUAUCAAUUUACCUGGAAAAUUCAACAACUGCCACCCAGAGCUACUGCUGAAAUACCAUGUCUAAGAACUCUGAGUUCAUCAACCUGUCAUUUUUAUUAGAUCAUGAGAAGGAGAUGAUUCUGGGAGUCCUAAAGAGAGAUGAAUAUUUGAAAAAAAUAGAGGACAAGAGAAUAAGGAAGUUGAAGAAUGAACUCUUGGAAGCAAAACGCAGAAGCGGGAAGACUCAACAAGAGACCACCAGGGUCUGUGCCCACUGUCAGAGAAACCUGGGCUUGAUAUUCGACCGGGGAGACCCGUGCCAGGCCUGCUCCCUCAGAGUGUGCAGCCAGUGCCGGGUCUCAGGCCUUGAUGGCAGCUGGCGGUGCACCAUCUGUGCAAGAGUCGCGCAGCUAAGGAUUGUAACUGGUGAGUGGUUUUUUGAAGAAAAGGCAAAGCGUUUCAAGCACGUCAAUGUUCUGGGCACUGAUGUUGUCCGACAGUCCAUCUUAAGAAGAAGUCCAGGAGAUGGAGAAAUACAAAGCCAAGAACAAACCCGCCAGAACACAGAAAAGUCAGAUGCUUUGCCUUCUGCUGGGCAGAAGGCCAGCCACGAUGGACCCAGGAGAAAGGGAUUUCUUCUUAGCAAGUUCAGAUCAGCAACCAGAGGAGAAAUCAUCACUCCCAAAACUGAAAGUGGGCGGAGCUACAGCUUAGACUUAGACAGCCACAAUUUUCGGAGUUUAAAGUCAGCCCCUGGUUCCGACAGGGGAAGCACUGGUUCAUCAGAUUUCAAUGAGCCAGAAGCUGGUCCUGGAACUCCCAAGAGUGUCCGGAGCAGUGGCGUGACCCCAGGCACUCCGAGGUCACCGGCCCCCAGCACCCGCAGCGUGACCUCAGUCAGCAGUCGAGAACGUGGUUUUGAGAAUUCCACCGAUUUGGCUGCCAUUGAAAGCACCUCUGAGGACCUCACAAGGACUCAUCGUCGAAAACCUUCCAGCACACCAUCCAUAGCAGUGUCCCGGGCCUCCCUCUCCUCAGACCGGAGUCGAUCUGAGUUAGAUUUGAGCGGGUCAUUUACAGAAGACUUAGAGGAUACUGUAAGCAUAAGGAGCAAAUCUGUCCCUGGGGCUUUGGACAAAGACUUGGAUUCCUUGGAAGAGAUGGAAGAUGGCAUUGAUGACUUAGUGUCCUCCCAGUUUUCUUCAAAUACCCACAGUCUAGCGAGUGGCCUGUCAACAACCAGCCUGAACAGCAUGAUGAGUGUUUACAGUGAGACAGGAGACUAUGGCAAUGUGAAGGUCAGCGGGGAAAUCCUUUUGCACAUCAGCUACAGCUACGAAACUGGCGGGCUCUACAUUUUUGUCAAGAACUGCAGAAAUCUGGCCAUAGGAGAUGAAAAGAAACAGAGGACAGAUGCUUAUGUCAAGUCAUACCUUCUUCCUGAUAAGUCCAGAAAUAACAAGCGCAAGACCAAAAUAAGAACAGGCACCAAUCCAGAAUUCAAUGAAACCCUAAAGUACACCAUCAGCCACGCCCAACUGGAAACGAGAACUCUGCAGCUCUCAGUCUGGCAUUAUGAUCGAUUUGGACGGAAUAGCUUCCUGGGGGAGGUGGAGAUUCCUUUUGACUCAUGGAACUUUGAAAAUCCAAGUGAUGAGUGGUUUGUGCUUCAGCCCAAGGUGGAAUGUGCUGCUGAUAUUAGCCUUCAGUACAAAGGAGAGCUGACAGUCAUGUUACGUUACAUACCACCAGAGGAGAAACUGAUGCCUCCGCUAGAACAGCUUCAAGGAAAGAAGUCCUUUAAACGAGGAAAAAAGAAGGAUCCAUCUAUCAUCUCUGGAGGAAUCCUAGAAGUGUUCAUCAAAGAGGCAAAGAAUUUGACUGCGGUGAAAUCAGGAGGCACUUCUGAUAGCUUUGUGAAGGGCUACCUGCUCCCUGAUGAUAGCAAAGCCACCAAGCAUAAAACUCUGGUAAUAAAAAAGAGUCUGAACCCUCAGUGGAAUCAUACUUUCAUCUUCAGUGGCCUGCAUCCCCAGGAUAUAAAACAUGUUUGCCUAGAACUUACCGUCUGGGACAAGGAGGCCUUUUCCAGCAACAUCUUUCUGGGAGGAGUUCGUUUGAAUUCCGGAAGCGGUGUGAGCCAUGGGAAGAACGUGGAUUGGAUGGACUCUCAAGGGGAAGAGCAGCGCCUCUGGCAGAAGAUGGUGGACAGUCCCGGAACUCCUGUAGAGGGCGUACUCAUGCUCCGUGCCAGCAUGGGGAAGAGUAAGCUCUGAAGGUACCAGCUCUCCAAAGUGAGGCCUUCCGGGACUGUCUGGUGGUUAUUUCCUACCAGUGGUAGGCUCACCACCUGGAGUUGGCUUCCUUGCCAUUUCUCACCUGAGCCUCUUGGGACAUAAGGGGAGAGAUAACAAUGUUAUAAAUAGCUAGGGUCUCGCCAGCUGUCUUAUAAAAGCAUGUACUCUCUAUGUCCACAGGCUAGGGCUUUUUUGACUGGAUGAUAGAAAGUAUACCACAUGGUCCUGUUAACAAACACAUUGUGCAAUAACUCAUGGGCUUUAUCUCACAGGGGAAAUGGCAUAUGUUUAUUUGAAAUUACAGUUGAGAUUGGGAGCCCCCCAGCUUCUUCUAAUUGUGAGUGACUUUAGGUUUUCUCAAGGUUGGAGGGAAAAGGGAAUCACUUGGAACGUAGGCCUCUUGCAGAGUAAGAAGAAGGGAUACUGGCUACCCUUGCCUCACCCCAGGAAUCCCCAUGAUCCAAAGAAGGCACUGUGGGGAUGGUUGCUUGGGCAAGAGGGUGGUCCCGUUGUUGUAGCUACCUUGUGGAUUAACCGGGUGAAUUUUCAAGAUGAACUGAGGGUUUUUUUCUGUGGUGACUAUGUAAUUGGUACUCUAAAUCAUCCCAUUUUGGGGAGUGAAGAGACCUAAAUCAUUACACCAGGACACCAGAUGUAAGCCAGGACUGACCUGGGAAAAUUGGGGUGUAGGGUCACCCUAAUUAUGACUUAGCUAUUGAGAGAACUGUGUUGUAAACAUUUAUAAAAUAUUCUAAGCUAUUAACUAAAAGGGAAUAAGAAGCAAUGCACAUUUUUGAACCGCUACUUGUAUUAUAUCUGCUGUAUCCUGUUGCUCAGAGGAAGUCACAUGGCCAAGCCCCAAAUCAAGAGGCAGGGAAAUAUACUCUGCUCACACUGAAGCCAUGGCAAGAGUGAGGAUGCUGGAAGAGAGGAAGGAUUGUGGCCAAUAGUUCCAUCCAACCUCUGUCACUUGGAAAUGCAGAGGCUUUAGCCACUAAACUUAGAUGCAAAGGGAGUUAAUGCUGAAAAAGGACCUUGGACCUGUUCCUCAUUUUGCACAGUCCAAAUCUGAAGCCCAUAGAGCAAAGAUGACUUACCUAAGAUCAUAUAAAAUCUGUGAGUGUAUGUGGACUUAAAUACAGGGUGUAACUCCUAAGCCAAUGUUCUGUCGACUGUGGUCUUCCACUUGGUAUAAUCCUAUGCUAAUCGUGAUGGGCAAGAGCACAUAGAUGAUGGGAGGUGGAGUCAAGUCUGAAUGUUUGUAUAUGAAUAUACUUGACACAGUCUUCUUCUGGAGUCAUAUUCUAGCCUCUCAGCUCAUUUUUUUACUUGAAUUCGUGUAAAACCCCUUAAAAGGAUGGAUACUUAAUUUUAGUAGUAGGAAAGCUAGAAUCAUCUUCAGGUAGCUAAUUCUUCCAUAUUCUAAAUUUCAUUUUGAAUUUUGAAAGCAAAUUUAAGAAUAUAUUUAACAUUAUUCUUAGUAAGGUGACUAACAAUCCAUAGUCACUGUUAUUCAAAAAUAGGCUAUCCAAUUCUAGGAAAUGGAAGUUAUUAGUCUAGUGUAGCUUAGUGCAUAGGAUACAAUUUUUAAAACUCACGCCUGUAUCUCUAUGUUGCCCUUCUUAAAAACAGAAAACAAAAAGUAUACGAUCAUCACGACUUCCUAUAUUGGAAGAAAAAAUGUCUUCAGACUUGACAUGACUUAGUAUCUCCUCAAUGACAUUUUUAGGGGAGGUGAGAGGAUAAGCCUGGAGACAUUUCUAAAGUAGACAGACUGAAGUAGAUUUAUUCACUAAUAAUGAAAGUGGCAAAAUUAAUUCCAAAAUAUCUUGAACUCAAGAUGAGCAUGAAUUUCAUGUGUUCAGACCUUUGCCACAGUUAGAGCAAUUGUGAGAGUAGUGUGGUUUCAUAAAAUCCAAUAUCUAAUUGGGUGUUUCCAUACUUUAAGGCCCAGGUAUGCCAACAUCAGAAUCCUGUUGGUGUGGCUCUCAGAAAUAAAAGGCAAGUUGAUCUUUUAGGUUACUUUUUUUUUUAAGUGUAGUGUAGAAGUACAAAAAAGAUUUUUAAUAUAAAUGAUACAUGUGAUUGGCACAAAAUUGUGAAAAGCAAGUCUUACCCUUUCCUCUUCCAUAUCAGAAUAUAUUGACAGCCUCUUUCUUUUUAUAUGGCUACAAUGUACUACAUUAUAGGGGUGUAUUAAAUUUAUUUAACCAUUCUUAUCAAACACCACAUUUAAUAUGGUUAAUUUAGCUAUGUUUGGUGGCUUUUUGAAGCAAUUUUUUGCCCCAGAGUAAACACUUCUAAAUUCAAAUUGAGAUCUGUAUAUUAUGUAUCAAUUCUACUUUUGGUUAUUUAUCCUACAGAGGUUGAUAAAUAUGUUAAAAAUGAUUACAUACAAGGAUAUUUCUUGGGAAAGAUUGGAAAACAUCCAAAAGCCCAUCAAUAGAGACCUUCUCUAAUAUCAUUCAUGCCUAAUUUUUCUGUUUCAUUAAUUGUUCCCUUUCCUUGUCUGUUAAAGAUUGUAAAAUGCUUAACUUUGGAUUCUUUUUUUUUUUUUUUUUUUUUGGCUGCAGUGUGUCUUCUUCAUUGCAGCAUAGGGUUUUUCUCUAGUUGCAGCGUAUGGGUUUCUUCUAUUCUCUAGAGCAUGCAGGCUCUCUAGUUGUGGCAAGCAGACUUACUUGCCCCGCAGCAUGUGAGACCUUACUUCCCCUACGAGAAGUUGAACCUGCAUCCCCUGCAGUGAAAGGUGGAUUCUUAACCACUGGACCACCAGGGAAGUCCCUCUAAACACUGGAUUCUUUGAUGCUUGUUCUUUCUUUUCUCCUUACUUUAUCCAUCCUCAGGUAUUAUCAUGUAUUGUAUCCUCAUGGUUUUAUGACCAUUUAUAUACUUACGACUUCAAAUUCUCAUCCCCAACCCAGACCCUUUCUCUCAGCCCCAGGCCCUGAUCCAACUGUUUAUAUGAUAUCUCCACCAGGAUUGCUCAUACUCUCAACAUAGUCAAAAAUGAACUCUUUAUUCCACCCUUUUUCUUACACCUAUGUCUUUCUGCUCCACUACAUUCUGUCUCAGCACCUUGUCCCAUCAUCCACCAGGUUAUACUAACUAGACACUGGGUAGUGACCUUUUCUUUUUCAUUGACAUAUAGCAGACUUACAAUAUUAGUUUUAGCUGUACAACAUAGUAAUUUGAUAUUUUUAUAGAUUAUUUUCUAUGUAAGCUUAUUAUAAAAUAGUGACCAUAUUCCAUGUGCUGUAUCCUUAUAACUUAUUUAUUUUAUACCUAGUAAUUUGUACCUCCUUUUUCAUAUCUUUGGAGAAGGAAAUGGCAACCCACUCCAGUAUUCUUUCCUGGAAAAUCACAUGGACGGAGGAGCCUGGUAGGCUGCAGUCCAUGGGGUCACAAAGAGUCGGACAGGGCUGAGCGACUUCACUAAUUCACUUACAUAUCUUGCCCCUCCCCCUACACUUCUCCCCUCUGGUAACCACUAGUUCUCUGUAACUGUGAAAUUUUUUUUGUUUGCUUUUUAAUUUUUUGCUGUUUUGGGUCUUUGUUGCUGUGUAUAAGCUUUUCUUUAGUUAUGGCGAGCAAGGGCUACUCUAUAUAGUUGUAGUGUGUGGGUUUUUCUUGUGGCUGUGGCUUCUCUUGUGAAGCCUGGGCUCUAGGCACCCCAGCUUCAGUAGCUGUGGCUUGAGGGCUCUAGAGAGCUAGCUCAGUAGUUGUGGCCCAUGGGCUUAGCUGCUCUGAAGCAUGUGGAAUCUUUCUGGACCAGGAAUCAAACCAGUGUCCCCUGCUUUGCAAGGCAGAUUCUUAACCUCUGAACCAUCAGGGAAGCCCCUCUGUUUUGUUAUAUUCAUUAGUUUGUUGUAUUUUUUAGAUUCCGCAUAUAAGUGAUAGCAUACAGUAUUUGUCUUUCUCUGACUUAUUUAACUUAGCGUAGUGCUGUCUAUGGGGUCGCACAGAGUCGGACACGACUGAAGCGACUUAGCAGCAGCAGCAAUGUCCUACAAGUGCAUCCAUGUUGCUACAAAUGGAAUUAUUUCACUCUGUACUACGGUUGAGUAAUAUUUCAUUGUAUAUAUGUAUCAUAUCAUUUUUAUCCAUUCCUCUGUUGAUGGGCAUCUAGGUUGCUUCUAUACCUUGGCUAUUGUAAAUAGUGGUGCUGUGAACAUUGGGUACAUAUAUCUUUCUAAAUUAGUGGUUUUUGAUUUAUGCUUCUUCCUUACACUGAGGCAAAAUUAAUCAGGAAAUCGUAUUGAUUAUAUCUCCUAAAGAUCUCAAAAGCCUGUCCAAUCCUCACCAUCUCCAUGCCACCACCUAGGUAUAAGCCACCAUUACCCCUCUCUGGAAUUGUUAUAAGUCUCCUAACUGCUAUUUUUGCAGCCACUCUUGCCCUCCUUCAAUCUACCCUCCACACAGUGGCCAGAUUUUCCCAGCAUGUUAAUUUAAAAUGUUUAUGGGAAAGUUGAAAUGAUUUUAUAGUGAACACCCUUAUACCCACCACCUAAAUUGAACUUCUGCCAGUAGGCUAUACUUACACAUCAUUGGCUAUCCCCAGUUCAGUUCAGUUUACUUAGUCAUAUCUAACUCUUUACAACCUCAUGGACUGCAGCAUGCCAGGCCUCCCUGUCCAUCACCAACUCCCAGAGUUUACUCAAGCUCAUGUCCAUUGAGUCGGUGAUGAUCGUUUAAAAAUUGCAAAUCUGAUCAUCCUUUAAAACCUUCUGUGGCUUUCCAUUGCCCUGCGAAUAAAAUUCAAAUUCCUGCUCAUGGCCUGCCACUCCCUGUAAUAGAUGAUUGCUGCCUCCAGCUCACCCCACACCAUGCCUCCUUCCUUUCUCCCCUUUCAGCCACACAAUGUAUUUCUCUACUUUUCAAUUGUGCCAGCCUCUAGUCUUUUUCACAGCCUUUGCAAUGGAAUCUUCUUGCUCCUUCUCUUCAUUGACCUGAUUUCCAUUCAUCAUCCAGGGAAAUCUCUCCUGAUGCCCCUCUGCCUGACUAGGUCACCUGCCUCUCUUUCCCCUUCACUACAUACAUCACAAUUUUAAUAAAUUAUUCAUGUAAUGAGUCCUAUCAUGCCUGUGUCAAUUCCCUUCCCACCACAUCCCAAGAAUAUGAGAUUCAGAGGGGCAGAGAGAGAUGGUAUUCAUAUUAUUUCAUAGCUGUAUCCCCCAUGCUUAAUUAAGAGCAGGUAAUAAAAUAUUUGUGGAUUAAGUAAAAAUGAAAAAACAGUAACAGAAUGUUAGAAUAUAGGUAUCUUUAGAGACCACUGUUACAGGGAACUGGGAUCCACAUAGAUCAAGAGAAAUAUCUGACUCUGAUUGGUCUUUUAAAAGCAACCUUUCUUCUUGCCUGGAGAUCCCAUGGACAGAGGAGCCUGGCGGGCUACAGUCUAUAGGGUCACAAAGAGUCAGACACGACUGAAGUGCGUGAGCACAACACGGCACUAUAAGUACUUUAGUUACAAUCCUAGACAGCACAUUUCAGCUUCUCUUGGCAUAGAUAAAGCACAGAGUGUUCCCUCCAGCCUAGCAUCCCAGCUUCUCAGAAGAGGAGACCAUGGCCUGGCCUGGAGGAUCCUACUCCUUAUUUCAAGCAGCCCUCAAUUUUUUUCUUAGUUGAAUCAGACAAGUUGUAAAGAGACCCUGGCAAACUUACAAGCCUGAUUUCAACCAUUCCCUUUGUAAAUAGCACCUGCAGGACACAUGGAAGAUCCAAUAUAUCUGCUCUCAUUUUGCCUAUUGUUGUUAAUGUCAUUGGAAUCGUCAGGAUAUGGAUUUUCCAGGUCACAAAAGCACCAGCCACAAGGAUAUUUUGAUGGGACUUUUUAUUUUGAUUUCCUUUUCCUUAGAUAAAGCUUAAAUAUAUGAUGAAUCAUCUCUAAGUACUUAACUAAUGGAUGAAUUGAGCCCACCAUAUUGACAGUAAUAUUAGCAGCAGCAGCAUCUACUCCUCCAAGGUUUCUAUUUGGCAGGGGAGGAGAUAGCUGUGGAAAAAAUAAGGGUAGAGCCCACUCUUAGAAGCAAACUGGAUCAGGAUAUCAAGUCCCAGAAGCAACUCAGAGUGAACUACGAUGUCAUAGGCUGUGAUCAGUGUUUUUCUUCCAUGUAGAUACUUCACAUGAAACUGAGCAUUGCUUUUAGAAGUUGGCAGAAAGGGUUUCCUCCCACAAUGGUAUAUUUAUGACCUCUGAAGUUAAUGGAAAGAAAUAGAAUGAGGAAGUUUAUAUAGGCACCAUUAUAGCAAACAUUGGAUUUUGCAAAGCUUGAGCAAGAGCCAUGGGAAUUGGGCCAUAUCAAGGAUUCCACAGGAUUAUCUGAAUAUGGAGUGUGAAUGUAAUACAUUGAUUCCAGAGCAUUGCUCCAAGCCUACUGAACAAAAUCUCCAGGAAAUUCCAUCAUUUUUUUAUCAAGCUUCUUGGGUGAUUCUAAUACAAACGGAUCACAGUUUGAGGAAGAUUGUAUUUGAGGAGAAAUUAUGUUGGCUAUAUUAUUUGCACCAACUCUGCAUCAUGAUAACACAUUGGAUUUGAUUAACCUGGAUGUUAUUCAUUGCGAGGCAACCAUGGUGAGAUGGAAGGAGCCUGAACUUGAACUCACAUUGACAGAAGCUCAAGUCUUCACUACUUACCAACCUUAGUCAAGUUCAUUAUCCAAUCUAGGUCUUGAUCUAGUUGCCUGGAAAAUAGGGAUAACUGGACUGCUUUGGAGUAAUUGAAGAUAUCAAAUGAGGUAAUAUGCUUUGUCACUUCUAACCCACUGUGAAAAAAAGAUCAUUAUUAGUGAUCUAGAGAUAGCAAUCUGUGGUUCAUAAUCUCUUAAGCCUUUCUUUUCCUGGGUGUUUAGCUAUGUCUUAAUCAUUCAUUAUAAUGAAGUAGUCUCCAGUGUAUAGCAACAAUACAAAAAAUACCCAAAAAGCUCCUUACUUUGCUAUAUCAUCCAUUGUGGAAUUUCCUACUUCAUCUGAUUAGAUAGUAAGUUUUGCAAAAGUGUUCCAUUUGAUGGAAAGAGAGACUGUGUCAGCUUUUUGUUAAGAGGUUGUAGAAACCAUAAACAAACUAUCUUUCCACCCUUUUCCUUAACAACGUUCUUUCAGUGUAGUGACCAUUUCUUACCAUGGCCCAUCGUUUAUCUCCUAUGUCAGGGAGAUCAAACCUGCCUUCCUCACAGGGUUAUUGUUCAGAAUCUCACUUUUUAUCUACAGAAGGAAAUUCACCAUUCUGUCAAAACAAAUUCCAUAGAAAUACAAAUGCUGUGGUCAUUAUGAGGAAUGAAUGGUGUUUCAAAGAUUAGUACUUCUUUCUCAUUUACCACAUUAGAAUUUAUUGACCUAUACCAGCAGAGGGUUCCUUUCAUACUUGGAAAAGGGAGAUAGAAUAUAUAGUUAGUAUUGCCUAUAAGUGACAAAAUACACCUAUAGGGAGUAGAUCAUGUUUUUCUUUCCUGUAUUUCAGCAACGGAGGAUAAAUGUCUCUUAUUUUGUUUUUCUUUGUCACUGAUUGAGGCAGAAAUUAAUACAACAAGCAAGUAAAAUAUUUUGGUAUAAUAGUUAAUGCAAAAGUUAAAAUCAUUGGCAUUUGCUAAGGAAAAAAUGUCUCUUUAUAGAAGGGCAGAGAACUUGAGUCAAAAUAUUUUUACCCUUUUAUUGUCUUUAUCUGCUUACUCUGGGGGAAGGAAUCUAAUUGCUCCUUCUAAGUAUGAUUUUCUAGUUAGCCAAAGGUUCAUUUUGUCUUCAGAAAGUUGAAACUUCUUUGUGAAAAUCUAUGGGAACUGAUGGGUCCCAACAGUAAAAGUGUUUAUUUAUUUAUGGAUUUUUUUAUUGGGAUAUAAUUGCUUUGCCAUGUUGUAUUAACUUCUGCUGGACAAUAACAUGAGUUGGCCAUAUGUAUACUCAUAUCCCCUCUUGAGCCUCCCUCCCACCCCCGCCCAUUCUACCAGUAAAAUCUUUUUAAAUUUUUCCCAUUUGAAAACAGGGAAGGGAGCCAUUCCCUUACAAAACAGUUUAUGUCAGUAAUUUAUGUUUGAACUGUAGUCAGAGUGCAUAUUGGGAAUAUAUUUGCUUUUCCAUCCUUUCCAAUAUUCACUAUUCAUAAAUUGACAUCUUUGAAGAGAGUUCAUUGGUUUUCAGUUGCUAUGAAGAAAGAAAUGUCUAGACUUUCCUGAAUCUUCUUGCUUUUGACCUUCUUUAUCGCCCUCAAUCAAUUUGUCCUUCUUAAUUCCUAAGUAUCAUCUUACAUUGUGCCUCUGACAGAUGGGGAGUAGCUCUGAAGAUGGGAGAUGUCCUUAAUGUUUUUGGAUUAAUGGAAAUGUUAUUAUUAAUUUUCAGGUCUUUUCUAUCACCUCUGAAACCAGCUCUGUUACAAUCAUUUGUUGGCAAAGCAUCUGAAUGCACAAAGCCAGGUUGGGGUAGGGGGAGAUACCCUGACUGCUUCCUAAGGAAUCAAACUGCGAAAGUACAAUGAGAUGGGGAACUCCUCCCGGAAAGACUAUGGUAUUAGCAAGAAGAAAUACUGUCUUCUUUUUUUUUUUUUUGAGAUACUGUCUUCUUGAGUAGAGAAGUGAGACAGGGACCCCAUGCCUGAACAGCAAUUCGUAGUUGAUGAAUGACAGAUUUGAUUAGAGACUGGGCUUCUGUUUUCCUGAAUAGGGUAUGUAACUUGGGCCAGGCAUGAAUUGCUAAGGACAUAGGGAAAGGAGGAGAAGGGUGGCCUCCAUUGGACAUUUCCUUUAUCCCUUCCACUAGGCAGCAUUUCUCAAAAUAAAUGUUGUGUCAAUACAAAUAUUUAAAGAACGUCGGAGAUGGACACCACAUCAUCAGGGCAAGAACUGGCCCAACUCUGAAUGCACUAGGUCCCUGUUGCUGGAUUUAGUGUGGUUGUCACAGGCAGCCUGUUUUUCUCUGGGCCUGAAGAUGAAUCCAAGCGUUGAGUGGACUGCAGAGGGAAGAUGCACUUGCAAUACCCUAAGAACACCUGAGGAUCUCUGGGUUCCUGGGGCAUUGGAAUGGCAGCUCUCCUUGGGAAGAAGUAAGGGUGGAAAUUUUCCACACUCUCCCAAUGACUGGGUUACCUGUAUCUGCCUUGUCCCUAGCACCCAGCUGCUUUGCCUGCCAAUUUAGUCUCCUAAGCUCUGGCUUUGCUAGGAUGUUGAUCUCUUUGUUUUUAAAUUAUUAGACUUUAAGAAAUUAGAGAAGUAUUAGGUUUGCAGAGAAAUUAAACAGAAAGUACAGAGUUGCUAUAUACUACCGUUCCCCUCCCCCUGCAAGUUUCUCCUGUAAUUAACGUCUUCCGUUGGUGUGGUGGUGGUGUGAUACGUUAAUACAAUUGAUUAACCAACAUUGGUGCGUUAUUCAUUGAAGUCCAUAGUUUACAUUUGGGUUCACUCUUGGUAUUUUACAGUGGUAUGGGUUUUAGCAAAUGCUUGAUGUCAUGUAUCCACAAUUACAUUCUCAUACAGAAUCUUUUUGCUGCCAUAAAAAUCCCCUGCACUCCAACCCCUCACAACCACUGGUCUUUUUUACUGUCUCUAUAGUUUUGCCUUUUUCCAGAAUGUUAUAUAGUUGGAAUCAAUCAUACAGUAUACAGCCUUUUCCAACUUGCUUAUUUCACUUAUCAAUAUGCAUUUAAGUUCCUCUGUGUAUUUUGUGGCUUAAUAACUCAUUGAUUUUUUUUUUUUUUCACUGUGGUAAGAACACUUAACGGGAGAUGUACCCUCUUAACAAAUUUUUAAGUGCACAAUACAGUAUCAUUGAUUUUAAGGAGAGAGAGAAAAGGAUGGAAGAUCUAAGAAACAAUAACAUUUAAAAAAAAUUCCCUGGAGAAGAUGGGAGGUCUGCAUUUAUUUUGCUGGUUUUCUUGGUUUUAUUAUUGGCUACAAAUGAUUGUUCCUAUUUACUUGUUUUGCCAUGUAUAGUGCACAAUCAGUAGCAAUGCUUAAACACAUAAUAUGCCUACUUCUAAGCUUCUGUAUGGAUUGUGUCCCCCAGACCAAAGCUUUGUGCCACUCUGUACUUGCUGCAAAGUGUAGUAUCUUUUUCAUUAAAUUCACUUUCCUAAUAUCUCUCAUGUGUUCUAUUACAAGU